AAUCACCUGGACAGGUAACACACGGGGCUGGGCUCACACACAGCACUGAACUGGAAUAUGGUGAACAUGGUGAGAGGAGAUAAACUUUCUUUAUCAUUAAUCCGUUUAUUUCACUAUCUCCAUUUAUCUCUCUCUACUAUCUCUGUCUCUUUUAUUCACUUUUCAAAUAUUUUUAUUGAUACAUUUUUCAACAAAAAUAAUAGUAAUAAUAACACAAUUUAGCACCACAAUCAAACAGGUGAAUAUAAAUGUAUGUUUCCAUCCAUUGAUAUGUCAGACUAUAUAUAUAGUCAAAAUGAACAUGUCAAUAAUAAGAAAUAUAUUAUAGAAAGAGAUUGAUUGUCGUUAAAGGUUGUUUAUAUUAAGGUAUUAAAAAUUAAUAUCAAAGUUAAAAAAAAAUUAAAACAAAGGUCUGGUCAGGUGGAGUCUCUCUCUCUUUAUAUCUCAUUCACUAAGUUUCUCUUUUCUCUCACCAUCUCUCUCUCUCUAUAUGUCAGUCUUGGAACUUGCAAGUAACAUUCUAUAUUUCUAGAUUAGAACAUGUGAAAGUGACAUUCUAUGCAGUGAGGGGAAAAGUAUUUGAUCCCCUGCUGAUUUUGAACGUUUGUCCACUGACAAAGAAAUGAUCAGUCUAUAAUUUUAAUGGUAGGUGUAUUUUAACAAUGAGAGACAGAAUAACAACAACAACAAAAAAAUCCAGAAAAACACAUGUCAAAAUAGUUAUAAAUUGAUUUGCCUGUCAAUGAGUGAAAUAAGUAUUUGACCCCUUUGACUUAAAUGGCAAAACUCUUGUUGGCAAUCAGAGGUCAGACGUUUCUUGUAGUUUGCCACCAGGUUUGCACACAUCUCAAGAGAAAUUUUGUCCCACUCCUCUUUGCAGAUCCUCUCCAAGUCAUUAAGGUUUCGAGGAUGACGUUUGGCAACUCAAACCUUCAGCUCCCUCCACAAAUUUUCUAUGGGAUUAAGGUCUGGAGACUGGAUAGGCCACUCCAGGACCUUAAUGUGCUUCUUCUUGAGCCACUCAUUUGUUGCCUUGACUGUGUGUUUUGGGUCAUUAUCAUGCUGGAAUACCCAUUCACGUCAUUUUCAAUGCCCUGGCUUAGGGAAGGAGGUUCUCACACAAGAUUUGACGGUACAUGGCCCCAUCCAUCGUCCCUUUGAUGUGGUGCAGUUGUCCUGUCCCCUUAGCAGAAAAACACCCCCAAAUCAUAAUAUUUCCACCUCCAUGUUUGACUGUGAGGAGAGUAUUCUGGGGGUCUUGGAGAGUAUUCUUGGGGUCCUCCCCCUCCACACACAGCAAGUUGAGUUGAUGCCAAAGAGCUCCAUUUUGGUCUCGUCUGACCACAACACUUUCACCCAGUUUUCCUCUGAAUCAUUCAGAUGUUCAUUGGUAAACUUCAAACGGGCCUGUACAUGUGCUAUAUUGAGGAGGGGGACCUUGCGGGCGCUGCACAAUUUCAGUCCUUCACGGCAUAGUGUUUACCAAUUGUUUUCUUGGUGACUAUGGUCCCAGCUGCCUUGAGAUCAUUAACAAGAUUAUCCCGUGUAGUUCUGGGCUGAAUCCUCACCAUUCUCAUGAUCAUUGAAACUCCACGAGGUGAGAUCUUGCAUGGAGCACCAGAGCGAGGGAGAGCUACAGUUAUUUUGUGUUUUUUCCAUUUGCAAAUAAUCGCACCAACUGUUGUCACCUUCCCACCAAGCUGCUUGGCAAUAGUCUUGUAGCCCAUUCCAGCCUUGUGUAGAUCUACAAUCUUGUCCCUGACAUCGUUGGACAGUGCUUUGGUCUUGGCCAUGGUGGAGAGUUUGGAAUCUGAUUGAUUGCUUCUGUGUACAGGUGUCUUUUAUACAGGUAACGAGCUGAGAUUAGGAGCACUCCCUUUAAGAGAGAGUGCUGUUAAUCUCAGCUCAUUACCUGUAUAAAAGACACCUGGGAGCCAGAAAUCUUGCUGAUUGAUAGGAGAUCAAAUACUUGUUUCACUCAUUGACAUGCAAAUCAAUUUAUAACUUUUUUGAAAUGCGUUUUUCUGUAUUUUCUUUUUGUUUGUUAUUCUGUCUCUCACUGUUAAAAUACACAUACCAUUAAAAUUAUAGACUGAUCAUUUCUUUUUCAGUGGGCAAAUGUUCAAAAUCAUCAGGAGAUCAAAUCCUUUUUUUCCCUCACUGUAUUUCUAGAUUAGAACAUGUGCGAGUAACUUUCUAUGUCUCUAGAACAGGGGUAGACAUCUUUCGGAACACCAGAUGUUGUGGAUUAUAUCUCCCCUGAUACUUUGCCAGUAUAAUGGCUGUAAGAGCAUUAUGGGAGAUGUAGUCCUCAAUAUCUGGAGUUCCAAAAGGUUGCCUACCCCUGCUCUAGAACAUCCUAGUAACUUUGUAUAUGUCUGUAGUAACGUUCUGUAUUUGUAGAAUAUACGAGAAUAUUUUUUUCUGUAGCAUAAGCCAGCUGUAUAGUGUAUUAGGGAUCAUUAGCGUUUUUCUAAAGGAACCUCAGUGGAGAGAGACAGCCGAUACUAAAGCCAUGUUUACUGCACAUCUCUGUGGGGUCCCAAUCCAGCUAAAUCUUUUCUAGAGCAAUCGUACAAUUUACAUAUAUAAUGCAGACAGCAUGGGAAAGGAUAUCAUGUUGUCAGAGGCAGAGCUCGAGCGAGGUGCGUCUUGUCAGCUCGACUGUUACGCCCUCCCUCUCUUCCCCCAUUUGAUAUAGGUUUUUAUUUAUGUUGUUUACCUGUGAGUGUGGCUGGGUGGGAUGGGAGUUAGUCCCCUGACAGUCUGGCAUAUUGAGAGGAAUCAGCACACUUCAUAUGUAGAACUAAUAUCUGGCACAUAUCAUGGUUCUCAUGGCACAAUGUGACUGUGUGAUGACUUGAAGAAUAGUAACUCCUGUGCCAUCCAGGGAAUCACUACUAUCCCUUCCACACAGACUGCAUCUGGGGAGAGACAUUGGGAGCCAGCAGGCAGGGGGUCUUGUUCCCAGAAGCUGGGGGCUCUGCCAACGGGAACUGCGUCAGGUGCGCAAUGUACCUAAUUGUGAGCCACCAGUGAAACAGUCACUUGAUAAUUAACUUACAAAACGAACACCAAAAUAUUAAUAACAGAGGCCUUGAUUUAAUAUAGUUCGAUGUGUUUUACAAGUAAGUUAAUAUUUUUGGAUAAACUUUUAAAAUGAUUAUUUUUUUAAUAUUAAAAUAGCAAAAAAUAUAUAAACAUAAACUAAAAGGAUUUUUUAAAUAAAAUAGCAAGAAAGAUUGCACUAUUAAAAAAACAUUUAAACAUUAAAACCGUUUUCAAAAUAUUAAAUCAAGGACAGAGUUGGAAGAAAUCGCUAACCUGGCUGAGUUGGGAAUAUGUCGGUGUCUAAAGGAGAGAUACCAGUAUUUAUACGUGGUCAGUUAGAAUGAAACAAUGCAUCGUAUGUGAUUUCAUUAUGGGAGAGGUGGUGGGGUCGCUCAUUAAUUGUUUGUUCAGUUUGUGUAAUUUUUGUCUUCUGUGGUUUUGUAGAAUUAGCCAUUUACAAUGAGGGUGUUAAUCUAUUUCAUUGUUUUUAUGUUGUUUUUCAUGUCAUGUGUCCUUAAGGCAUUAAAGGGUUAUUUUUGGCUCUGUGAUGGGAUAAUCAGAUUGGUUUCCCUCUGAUGAGAACCAUGUAUUAUUAAAAACCCUGCACCCCCUUCUAAAAUACCCUGUCGAGCCCCCCUUCACAAAAAUCUCUGUCCCCACUUGUACAAAACACCUGCCUCCUUCUAAAAAUCCCCUGCCAUGCCCCCCUUCUACAAAACCACUCCCCCUCUACAAAACACCUGCCCAGUCCCCCUUCUACCAAACCCCUGCCCCCUCUACAAAAACCCAGUCCACACCACCUCUACAAAAAACAUGCACAGCCCCCCUUAUGCAAAAACCAUGCCCCUCUACAAAAAUCCUGGUCAGCCCCCUGUCUACAAAACACCUGCCCGUUCUACAAAAACCCUGUCUCCUCUCUACAAAAGCCCCUGCCCCCACUUUUUCACAAAACCCCCUACAUCCUCUCUUCAUCACAAAAUCCCUGCACCCCCCCUCCUCACAAAAAAACCUGCACCCACCCCCUUCUUCACAAAACCCCCUGCACCUCCCCUUCUUCACAAAAAUAUCUGCACCCCUCACCUUUACAAAAAUCCCUGCACCCACUUCCGUCACAAAAAAACCUGCUCCCCCAUUUCUUCACAAAACCCCAAUGCUCCCUUUUCACAAAAACCCCUGCCCCUUUUACAAAAAUCCCUGACCCGCCUUCUCCACAAAAAACACGCACCCCCCUUUUUGACAAAAAAUCCUGCACCCCUCCCCCUAUUAGUUACACUACAAUGCUAAACUGUGUUCCCAGUUCUAAGGCGGUGAUGUUACCACUGCUCAAUCCACAGGCGAUGAAGAAGGGUUUAUGUUUUCAUUAUCUAAACUCUGUUUGGGAUUUUAUACAAUAAUGAGGUGCAGCUAUUUUGGGGCUCUAUUGUCUAUAUAGUUUCAUUCAUGGUUUUAGGGCCAGCACCACCAUGAGGCAAAUUAGCAAUUAUCCGGUAGAGCCAGAUUAAAGAGUGGCGCAGUGACUCUCACAGGUCAGAAGGACUUGGAAACCUCUCUCCAUUCCAUCCCAGAGCUCCUAUGUAUUGGGAUUGAGAGCGUGGGUUAGCCAGCCAACACCCUGAUUCAUGGAGGAAAGCAGGACCAUGAUAGAUUAGCUUAGGUAACCUUUCCAACUGACAUAUUCUCCCUUACAACCCCGAGGGGAAUAGAACUUAAUUAACAAGGUCACACUUGUGACAGACCACCUUGCACCCCUACCGAGUACCUCCGUCAAUCGCUGCUUCCUAGUAAUCCCUGAGUAUCAUAAGCACCGCACUGGACACCAUAACCACCGCAAACCCCACGAAGCGCCACUGCUUGGUCGGGGUCUCGCUACCCGCCACCCACCCUGGACCAAAGACCAGGAUCCAGUUUUCAGUGGGUAGACCUCUCCUAGUCUAGAGAGGGUAGCAGGAACAGCUCUUAGAAGAGCUAGUCGUUAUACUCAGGGGAGUAUUGUGAUAUUGCAAUCCCCAGAGUGUGUGUAGUUCUCCAAUCCCCCAAAUAAUAUAACGAUAUACUGGCACGUGGCUCUGUAGCUGUCCUCUUUAACACGGCAACGUUUAUUCUCAGCAACAAAAGCAAUCAGUUCAUAUUCUAGACUCUAAACCUGUUUUUUUAAGUACGUAAAUAAAUGUCUGAUAUACCUUGGACCACACAGGUUACAACCCUGGCUGGUAUUCUGGGGUUUGUUCACUAACCUGUAAAUAGUUAUGUCAAGUUAAUCGCAAAUUGUAGGCCAAAACUGAAAAAUUCUCCCAUAUUUCAUCUCGGCUGUUUUUCCUCCAAAAAAUGAACCACUACCCACAAAUCUCAGGUAAGUAAACAAACACCUUUGUUACAAGCAGUAGACAAGAUUUACCCUCCUCCCCCGGGCAGACAUUUGAUAAUAGCAGUGUAUGAAUAUGAAAUGGGAAGAGAAUAAAUAAAUAAUAAUAAUAACAAAAUUAAUCUGAAGAAAUGCAGUACUGAGAGAGAAAGAAAUGGGGUAAAUUAAAUGGGGACCUAGUAACGGAAUCAGAAACAGGUGGAUUGGGUGAAGACCGGGAGAGAGGGAAGGACCACUAUAGGCACCAAGACCACUUCAGCUUAAUGAUGGGUGCCGGUCCAUCUAGGUUUAACCCUUUUUGCUGUAAACAUAGCAGUUUCACAGUGAGAAGACGCCAGCGUCCAUAAGAAAAGCAUUGAUAAUGCUUUCCUAUGAGACUGGCUGAAUGCGCGCACAGCUCUUGCCGCCCAUGCGCAUUCAGCCGGUGGCGUCAGAAGAGGAGAGUCCCAGCGCGGAGGGAGCCCGGCGCUGGUGAAAAGGUAAGGGAUUAGCCCCUUCCUCCCCCUUCAGCGCCACGGGAGUGGGACCCUGAUGGUGGGGGCACCCUCAGGGCACUAUAGUGCCAGGAAAACGAGUUUGUUUUCCUGGCACUAUAGUGGUCCUUUAACCCCUUAAGGACCCGUGACAUGUCAUGAUUCCCUUUUAUUCCAGAAGUUUUGUCCUUAAGGGGUUAAAGAAGCAGAGUGUAGUGAGCUCCUAUAGAAAGGGUGUUAUAUAGAAUAGGUGUCAUUAUAUGGGGGGGUCAAUUGUAUCUGGCGUAAAGGGAAAAGGGAAACUUUGACAAGAUAGGAGAAGAAACUAAUAUAAAUAGGGGGCUGAGACACAGGAAUGAUGGGACAGUGAUGAGGAAAGGAAGGGUUACUGCAGAAGAUAUGUUUUAAUUAAUGUUAGGUGUGAUGGAUCUCUGGGGUAGGUUAGGAUGGCAUUAUUGAGUCAGGAAUUCUUGUUCGCACGAACAAAAUUAAUAAAGACCGACUGUACCAAGUAAAGGCCAUCGGAACAUGAAUGGGUAGGGCUUGGAGAAGGUAAUGUAAACGGGGUAGAAUACUCAUUUUUAAAAUCUGGAUCCGGCCAAUGAGACUAAAGUGAGGAAGGGAGGGGGAAUCAAGCAAAAUACUGGGUUGGUUCUGAUUGUCUGAAGGAAAGUUUCUAAACUAAGAACAAGCAGGGGAAGGCCAAUUUGUAAACCUGCAGUCUGUGCAUUAAUAAAAAUAAAUGGAUUUAUAUUUGCGGUUAGUGCAGAUAAAUAAACACAUCUCUUUUUUUCUCUUUUUAGAGUCGUUUGCGCAAAAUCUGUUUUUAUAUUUUUCUCCUCACUCUGUGUAGUGUUAUCUACUGGAAGAGCUUAAUGUGAGUAUUUUACAUUCAUGUCUGUCCCUAAUACCCUCCUAUGCUCAUCUAACCACACUAAGAGACCCGGAAUAUAUAACAUAGGCAACUGCAACACUGACUCCCCCUCUACCCAGCAGAGACUUGUAUGUAGAUAGGAAAUGCAUCCUUGUAGUGGUCCACCUCUACAGUGUCCAUAUCUAGGAGGGACAGUCCCUAUUUGGGGCCCAUGGCACUCUGUCCCCCCUUUCUCUCCUAAUGUCCAUCUUUUCUAGGAGCUCCAUAUUGGUUGUGUGUCUGAGUGUAUAACAGAGCUCCACAUCAAUAAUACUCCCAGUAAUGUGUCUGAGUGUAUAACAGAGUUCCACAGCAAUAAUACUCCCAGUAAUGUGUCUGAGUGUAUAACAGAGGUCCACAGCAAUAAUACUCCCAGUAAUGUGUCUGAGUGUAUAACAGAGCUCCACAGCAAUAAUACUCCCAGUAAUGUGUCUGAGUGUAAAACAGAGCUCCACAGCAAUAAUACUCCCAGUAAUGUGUCUGAGUGUAUAACAGAGCUCCAUGGUAAUAAUACUCCCAGUAAUGUGUCUGAGUGUAUAACAGAGCUCCAUGGUAAUAAUACUCCCAGUAAUGUGUCUGAGUGUAUAACAGAGCUCCACAGCAAUAAUACUCUCAGUAAUGUGUCUGAGUGUAUAACAGAGCUCCGCAGCAAUAAUACUCCCAGUAAUGUGUCUGAGUGUAUAACAGAGCUCCACAGCAAUAAUACUCCCAGUAAUGUGUCUGAGUGUAUAACAGAGCUCCACAGCAAUAAUACUCCCAGUAAUGUGUCUGAGUGUAUAACAGAGCUCCACAAUAAUAAUACUCCCAGUGAUGUGUCUGAGUGAAUAACAGAGCUCCACAGCAAUAAUACUCCCAGUGAUGUGUCUUUUACCCCUUAAGGUCGGUUGGCAUUCUACAGGGCCGCCACCAGAAAUUUUGGGGCCCCUGACACAGCACAAGGUCUUGGCCUCCCUACACCCCCUCCUGCCCACAGGACUCCUACCUAGUCCACUGCAAAAGAUGCAGGAUUGAAUGUGGUGUGUAUAGUGGAAGUGAAUUAGAAUGUGUGUAAUGGGAAGCCCAGGGAGUCCCCCUCCUUCCUCUCCGGCCCCCCUGUGCCAUGUGAUCGCGAGGUCCUUGCGAGGACCUCACAAUCACAUGGACAGCAUAGCCGUCCAUAGCAAUGCCAGCAGGGGGAGUGCCUAUAAUGACUGGUACUCCCCCUGCUGCCUGUAAAUAGUAAAAAUAAAAGUUAAAGAUACAGUUUAAAAUAAAAUAUAUACUUAGAUCAUAUAUAUAUAUAUAUAUAUAGAUUACAUACAUACACAUACAAUGUCUAAGUGUAUUUUAAUAUAUAUAUAAUUAUAAAUAUAUAUUAAUAUCAAAAUACACAUACAAUGAUAUUGAUUAAAUAUAUAUAUAUAAUUUUCAUUAUACAUAUUUAUAUAUAAUAUAAAAUAAAUAUGUAAAUACGUUAAAAAAAUGAAAAAAAAUUAUAUAUAUAUAUAUAUAUAUAUAUAUAUAUGUGUGUGUAAAUUCAUUCUAACUGUAUUUUAAAAUGAAUAUAUAUUGAUAUCAAAAUACAGGUAGAGCGAAAUAAUAUAAUUUUAAAAAAGAUAUAUAAAUGAUAUAUAUACAUAUAUAUUUACACACCGUAUAUAUAUAUACAUAAUAUUUCUACGUAUAUAUAUUUAUGUAAUAAUUUUACAGAAUUAGGUAAUUUUAUUAAUUACAAUUUGCGGGACCUGCCUGACAACCCAGGCAGAAAGUCCAGGGAAUUUAAUUUGCUAGCACUAUAUUUAACCCUGCAACUUUCCAAGACACCAUACAACCUGUACAUGGGGGGUACCGUUUUACUAGGAAGACUUCGCUGAACACAAAUAUUAGUAUUUCAAAACAGUAAAAUGUUUUACAACGACGAUAUUGUCAGUGAAAGUGAAAUUUUUUGAAUUUUUCACACACAAAUGACACUUACACGGACAAUAUAAUUGUUGUGAUACAUUUUACUGUUUUGAAACACUAAUAUUUGUGUUCAGUGAAGUCUCCUGAGUUUAACAGUACCACCCAUGUACAGGUUUUAUGGUGUUUUCAAAAGUUAGAGCUUGCAUUUCAGUUUUUUCACAUUGAAAUUCGCCAGGUUGGUUAUGUUGCAUUUGAGACCGUACGGUAGCCCAGGAAUGCCCCUGAUGGCAUACCAUUUGCAAUAGUUGACUACCCAAUGUAUUGCAAAUGGGGUAUGUCCAGUCUUUUUUAGUAGCCACUUAGUCACAAUCACUGGACAAAAUUGUCAUUCAAAUUAGUUUUUUUGCAUUUUUCACACACAAACAAAUAUUAACACUAACCUUGGCCAGUGUUUGUGGCUACUAAAAAAGACUGGAUAUACCCCAUUUGCAAUACCUUGGGUUGUCUACUUUUUCAAAUGGUAUGCCAUCAUGGGGGUAAUUUUUAUUCCUGGGCUACCAUACGGUCUCAAAGGCAACAUAACCAAUCUGGCAAAUUUCAAUGUGAAAAAACUGAAAAAUGUAACGUGCUAUAUUUGACCCUGUAACUUCCCAAAACACCAUAAAACCUGUACAUAGGGGGUACUGUUUUACACGUGAGACAUCGCUGAUUACAAAUAUGUGUAUUUUAUUGCAAUAAAAGCAAACAGUACUAUGACAUUCACAGUUAAAAUGUCAUGUAGAACUAAAGAAUUUGUAAAAAUUCUUAUUUUCUCCCAUUUUGUAUUCUUAAAUUCUUUUUUUCUCCCAUUUUUUAUAUCUUAUUCAUAUUAAGUUAUGUUUCAUACCUAAGUAUUUGAUGUUAAAUGAAAGCCCAGUUUCCCCUGAAUAAAAUUAUAUAUAAUAAGUGUGGGUGCACAUAAUAUGAAAGAGGUGAAUUACGCCUGAACAGACAUAUAGCGCAAAUUCAGGGUUUUUUUUAAUGUUUUGUUUUGAUCACAACGUGUACAUUUGGCUCAGUCCUUAAGGGGUUAAACUACAAUAAAAUGUGUUGAGAAAUCAGUCUGUGUAAAUAGGAUACAUUGUUCUUCUUCUAAAUGACAUAUUCGUUCUAUAAAUUAUUAGUAAGGGACCGAAAAUUUCUCGGAGCAGCCCAUGGCCAAACCCUCACUCACACCACACCACUAAAAUUAAAGUGUCCCCCUCUAUCCAUGAGAAAUGUUAUGAAGAAUGAAGUGGGUGUGUAUUGAGAGAAGUUAGGGCACACACAAUCCCAUCCGCUUCAAAUCAAUUUAAUUGAACACAUUAAGGGUUAUUCACAAAAGUGUGAAUUCAAAGAGAAUUUUGAAUUUAAGGGCCGAGUAGCUCAGCUGAAAGCAUCAAUGAAUUUUGUUUUGUAUUUCUAACGCUAUAACGCUUUGAAUUCUCACUUUACUGAAUAACCCUGUAAGUGUCUUAAAUUCUGGGACGGUGCAAUACCCACCACGCCUGGAUUAGGGAUAUUUAAGGGUCGUAGCCAGGGCUUCCAGAUCCACCAUGUUUUCAUGGGCACGUAUCAUGUAUACACAUUGAUGGGCAGCACAUGAAAAGGGUUGCCGUGUUGUAUGUAGAAUUCAGAAGAAGGUGUAUAUUAGGCAAAUAAGAAUCCUGCAGCAUAUGCCUUAUACAUACUGCAGGGCAACCCUUUAAAUAUGAAAACACAGUGGGUCUGGUAUCCCUAAUCAUACUGUGGCACUGCCCACACAACAAGUACAAUCUAUAUCCCCAGCACAGGAGCAACACAAGUUACAGUUCCAUCACACAUUGCUCUACAACCAUUGUGUAUCCAAUGUGGAAAUUAAAAUAUUAUCUGCUUUCUUGCCCAUAUCUCCCCAGCUGCUUUCCGGGAGAGCCCUCUGUCACUCCUUGGGGAGCCCCCAUCGUGUGGGAGGGAACAUUCAACUCUAAAGAGGUCGACCGCUUGCAUUAUCAGAGGGGGACAGUCGUGGGGAUAUCUGUGUUUGCUGUUGGAAAGUGAGUGUCCUUAAAAAUCUUGUCGUAGCUCCCUGAUAAUUACUGUAUCUGAGUUAUUCACUAAAGGGAGAAUUCAAAGUGAAUUUCAAAUGUAAGGCCAAAAUAGCGGAACCAGAAAAAUUCUCUAAGUCAACUAUAUCCACCUCAGCUACUCUAGCCUUAAAUUUGAAAUUCACUUUGAAUUCUCAGUGUUUGUGAAUAACUCUGUGUAUGUUGUAAACUCUGAACAGCACACGCAUUUGGCGGAUGUUUUAAAGACCCGUCCUGUUAAAAGAUAUAGUCAUAUAAUAUCUAUUGUUAAUUUUAUAAUAAUAAUAAUUUAUUGUGUGAAGAAAUAGGGCAUCAUAACUGGGUGGAUCCCUCCUGCAUCCCUCUGAGACUCUGAACCAGGGUUAGUCAAAUGGUACCACCACUACUGCAGGCCUACUUCUCCCAUGAUGCUUUGCCUGCCCUGAGUCUUUUCGUUGUAGCAAUGUCUAAUGGUGCAUCUUAUAUGAGCCCUCAUGUACCACGUGGAUGGGAAAUUACUCGAUUAUUUUCCAGUAUACAUACUGCAUUAUGGAUAUUAUGGCAAGGAUUAAUGUUUAAUAUACUUAAUGUCUCCUUUAAAACCACCAUACUGGUUAGACACAGCGGCCAAGCUGCCCACCCAGGCCUGACUUUGCACUCCUGUGAUAUUCAAAGCCCUGUACUCCCUCAACACCUUUGGGGUUAUCCCAGUUCCCACUACGUAGGACUCUAUCUCACCUUCACUCCUGAAUGGACAUCAUGAAGGAGGCUCAGACGUGGUGCCCACAAAAUGACCGACGUCUGAGCUGCUGUUCAGCUGGAGGCACAAGCAUCAGCCCGAAAAUGGGAGAUGGAAUUCCAGAAAGCAUUUGACCAUCAGUUCUGGAGAAUAUUGCGUGAACGGAGGAGACAGCCUACCCUGCCUACUGCCCUGUCUGCACCUGUGACACAGCUUACAGACAAACCCUUGGCCCAGAGACACCAAACGUGGUGGAGAACAAUUUAUGCAGCUGAGUGCAGUCCCCACACCAGGGUGGAACACCGAUACCUGGAGCCCUGGGGUCUCUUCCUGAUAGUGUUGAGGGUGACCAGCAGACACUGGGCACAGGUUCCUGUUGACACCUGGUACUGGAGAGAUGCCGCUUGGGCCAGAUUACUGGGAGUCUCAAGCACCCCAAUAUAUCUAACUGGACUUUGCCUGAUAGGUUGAGUGAGUUCCAUUUGAGACGAUACUAAAUAUGUCGAGCUAUAGCCAUUGCUUUCAGCUUAAUAGCAAGGCUGCUAUCUAACUAUUGCUUGCUGCUCUCCUUUCAUCUUUCUAAGUCCAUGCUCCUACACGUACUAGCAUACCUGAUAUGUCCAACUUCUGGGAUCCAGUGACUAUGCUACCUGGUGGUUUUAUCAUCUUGUGUUCCUUCUUGCCCAGUCAACCAAUACCUCCACAGAUCUUUUGCUCUAUCCUCUUGUCUCUGUACUGACUCGCUAGCUGUACACAUUAUCCAUUCAUUAAAUGUGUGCGGGUAUUUUGCACGCAAUGACAAUUUUAUACCAUUUUAGUUAUUGAUUUUUGCUGUCGCUGUCGUGGCAUCACAAGCUUGUGCUCUUAUGCACAGCAAAAAUAUAAACUAAAAAAUAAGAUAUGAGUGAAUUUCCCAAGUUAAAGAAUGAAAAAGCAAUAUGUACGUUAUGGGCCAAAAUCUCCUGAACAGCUCAUAUCCACAAUGGCCAGGAUUAUCUAACUCAGCACAUCCAGUAUACGUAUAUUGGAAUGGAUGGAUGGAUGGAAGGAUGAACACCGUUAUUUAUUACAUUAUACUCUUUAUUAUUUUUAUGAUAUAUUGUUUUAUAUUUUUUCUAAUCAUAUCUAAGUCAUGUACCCCUUUUCGUCUUUUCCCCCUUUAUUCCUCUUGUUUCCUUUCUGUGAAUAGUUUGGAUAGCAAUCUUUAACUUUCUCUGCCCCUCCCACCCCGUCCCCCUCUGCAGGUAUUUGUCAAAGUACCUCAUUCCCUUCCUGAUAUCUGCCAACCGAUACUUCAUGCCAGGACUGGAAGGUGUCUUGUACGUGGUAACUGACAGCCCAUCUUCUGUGCCAGCUGUCUCCCUGAGACCCGGAAUGACUUUGGUCAUCCUAAAGUGCCCUGCGCGACCCCGCUGGCAGGACAUCUCUAUGAUGCGCAUGAAGGAUUUACAGGACUUGGUGUUCCCCCUCGCUAGAGACCAAGUGGACUAUCUGUUCUGCAUGGAUGUCGAUCAGGUGAGAAAGAAAGAGUCUGGUACGUGGUAAGUGUAGGAAACAGAAAGUGCUAUUGAAAGACAUUAUAAUAAUAAACAGGCAAUAACAAAAAGGAGGUGGAUUCAUCUGAUCCCAACUUCAUAGUUUACUGAUUUUGACUCUCACUUAUACUUUAUUUUAUUGUAAGGUAACUUGUAACUUCAUAUAGAUAUAUACUUAUCUUAAUGACAUACCAUAUCCUUAACCCUUUUUAUUACCAGAUUAUUUUAAUUUUUCUUUUUACAUUUCUACUUACACAAAGUUAUCUAUAUAUAAAUCUAUGUCUACCAUUUCUGUAUUCAUCUUUUUAUCAAUAAACCAAUUGUAUCUUCUACCCUGCCUCCUUGCGUCUCUCAUAUAUUGCUUUGUGUAUCUCAUCUGUCUAACCCCCUUUAGUUUGUCUUAUUUGACCAAUGCAUUGUUUGCAUCUCCACAGGUCUUUGUCUCGCGUUAUGGCUCAGAGGCCCUGGGAGACCUGGUAGCUCAACUUCAUUCAGGAUACUACUUGCAAAGGAAAGAAGACUAUCCAUACGAACAAGACCCUCGCUCCACUGCGUUCAUACCUCUUGAAAAGGUCCAAUACUACUAUCACGCAUCAGUGUUUGGUGGGACCAUUCCCCGUCUCAUGAACCUUACAUCGUCCUGUCUCAGGGGAAUAUUGGAGGACAGGGAGAAAGAAGUGGAGGCUGUGUGGCAUGAUGAAAGUCAUCUCAACAGGUACUUGGCUUUAGAAGAUCUGCCAUCUAAGGUUUUGUCACCAGAGUACUGUUGGGAUAGGCGAUUAUGGCUAAAAAGUCCCAAAAUGCGUUGGGCAACAAAGGAUUAUGAAAACAUGAGAGAGUGAUGAAACAGACGACGUGGACUAUCAUGGGAGAUAGUAGCAAUAUCCCAUCUCAGAAUUCCACAAGUGAAGUCAAGAGUGACUAAAUAUCUGGAUGACAGAAGCAGAGUAUUAUGUGCAAUUUGUACUGAGAAUAAAGGACUAGGGGCUUCCAAUUAGUGGGCAAAGAGCAGAAAAAAAAUCAAGAGGUUUCCAGAUCGAUGUUUGUGCUAGCGUGCCGUCCUUUUCUGUGCACAGCAGUUUGGAACACAGCCAACAAAACGGGGACUGUCCGUGACAAGAAUGUUUGGGACGUGAUAACAAACUAGCCAACUCAGACAGAUCCACUUCAAGGCCAAACAAAGGUUUGUUCAAAGAGAUCAUCCAUCAGGACUCUCAAUGGCCCUACCUCCACAUGGCAGCUAUAUUUUAAUACACUGCCAGGAGAGAGCGAGACAUUAUAACUGUUUUGCUGGUGGAGUGGCAAAUAUAAACCAAUCGAUAAAUAUCAUGAAAGAAAGCUGGGGAUUGUAAUGAAAGACGGUUUUUCCUCCAAUAUAUGGGGAGAAAUAUAAGUAAAUUUCUGUAAACGCCAUUAUAAGCUG